GGUCGGUUAGCAACAACAACAACAGCAGGAUGUUGGGACAGCUGUCAGACUGAAAACUCACCAAACUGCGUUUUAUUCACGCUUUUAAUUAAACUGCGUCAACAUGCGUGGCGCGCAGGAGCGCGUGCACGGCGCCUGAUCGUUCUUCCGGUCCCCCGGUUCACGGACUUAGUUUAAAAUGAGGAGAGAGAUGAAUCAUCGCAGAGAGAGCAGGUCCGCCGCUGCUGCUGCGGAGCUAACGGGCUAACGGGCUAACCGUCAGGAUGAAGAGGCUUUAAUAAACUUUAUCAACACGUGCACUCGGUGACAGCAACAGUCAGGUAACAUGGAGUCACUGCUGGACUUUGAGGAGUGUGUCAAAGACUCACCUGAGUUCAGACUGAACCUGGAUCAGUUUGAGACGGAGGUUUCAGUGCUGGAGUCUCACCUGGACAAGGUGAUGAAGCUGUGCAGUAAGAUGGUGGAGGCGGGACAAGCAUACAGUUCAGCCAAUCAGCUGUUCCUGAGCGGCCUGGCUGAGCUCUCCAUGUACCAGAAGAAGGACAGCGUCAUCACUAACUGUCUGAACCAGUUUAACCAGGGCCUGCAGGAGAUGGUCAGCUUUCACACUAUGUUGUUUGAUCAGACUCAGAGAGCGAUCAGCCACCAGCUGACCAACCUGUGUACACAGUUCCUCCCUCCGCUGGCAGAGACCAGGAAGGAGUUCCUCCGGAUCGGGGAGGACCUGGAGACGGCGGCGGUGAAAAACGCUCAGGUGUCUCGGCACAAAGCCGGCGACGCCGAGAGGGCGAGUCACCUGCUGCUCGCCACGCGUAAAUGUUACCAACACUUCGCCCUGGAUUACUGUCUGCAGCUCAACACCUUCAGGGCUCAGCAGAAGGUCGACAUCCUAAAACUCUGUGAGUUUAUUGAACUGGACUUUUCUGAAGUGGUUUUCUCCUUCGUCCACGCUCAGUUCACCUUCUUCCACCAAGGCUUCGACCUGCUCAGAGACCUGGAGCCCACCAUGAAGACCAUGGCUGCACAGUUGUCCCAGCUGUCGGCUGACUGCGCUGCUGAGAGGAAAGACCUGGAGAACAAACACCUGCUGGUUCAGCAGAGAGAUGCCUCAGGUGAGCCGAUGGUCAGCCCGUGUCCUGGCAGUGAUGACAUCAUCCAGGGUUACCUGUUCAAACGGUCCAGGAGGAAAUCCAAAACCUGGAAGAGGUGCUGGUUUUCCAUCAGAGACAAUCAGCUCAUUUACAGGAAGUCACACAAGGAGGAGGCUGUGGUUCUGUUUGAGGAUCUCAGACUCUGUGCUGUCAAAUCCCUCGAACACAUCGACCGACGUUUCUGCUUCGAGCUGCUCUCUGUGCAGAAGUGUUGUGCUCUUCAGGCGGACUCGGAGCAGUUGAAGCAGGUGUGGCUCAGCGCUCUUCAGGGCAGUAUUGACCUGGCGUACAGAGAGCGAGCCGGCGCUCCGCUCGCUCAGCCUAAAGCCCCCCCUCCCCUGUGCGGCGGCUCUCCGGGCCCCCCCCCUCAGAGGCAGGCGGCCCUGGGUGUCGCCCUGAGGGGCCCUGGGAACCAACGGUGCUGCGACUGCGGUGAGGAGGAGCCUCGCUGGGCCUCCAUCAACCUGGGAGUCACCAUGUGCAUCGAGUGCUCGGGCAUCCACAGGAGUCUGGGUGUUCACCUGUCUAAGGUGCGAUCUCUCACUCUGGACUCAUGGGAGGCUGAGCAGCUGAAGCUCCUGUGUGUUUUGGGGAAUGACGUUAUGAACCGGAUCUACGAGGCUCGAUGUUCAGACGAAGGACGAGUCAAACCUUCAGCC